AUGUCAAAGUUAAAUGUACACUUGAAGCUGAUUGCCACAUUCGUUGUAUUGUGGACAAUAUUUAGUCUCUGUAAUGCUAAUCCGGAUGCAAAAAGACUGUACGAUGACUUACUCAGUAACUACAACCGGUUGAUACGACCCGUGAGCAAUAACACCGACACGGUGCUGGUAAAACUAGGAUUAAGAUUAUCGCAGCUGAUUGAUUUGAAUCUUAAGGAUCAAAUUCUCACCACCAACAUCUGGCUCGAACACGAGUGGCAAGAUCAUAAAUUUAAAUGGGAUCCUGCCGAGUACGGCGGUGUGACGGAACUGUACGUGCCAUCCGAACACAUCUGGCUGCCGGAUAUCGUUCUUUACAACAAGUGA